AGUUUCUGCCGCAGAGCCAUACCACUGAGGAUUAUUCUGGCCCCAAGAGGCACAGCGAUGAAGCUAUUGGAAAACUCACGUUUUGAAGCGUUAAACUCUCAGCUGACAGUGGAGACUGGAGAUGCACACAUCAUUGGCAGGAUCGAGAGCUACUCGUGCAAGAUGGCCGGGGACGACAAACACAUGUUCAAGCAGUUCUGCCAGGAGGGCCAGCCACACGUUCUUGAGGCCUUGUCGCCCCCUCAGACCACGGGGAUCAGCCCCAGCAGGCUCAGCAAGAGCCAGAGCGGCGAUGAGGAGGGACCGCUCAGUGACAAAUGCAGCCGCAAGACUCUCUUCUACCUGAUCGCCACCCUCAACGAGUCCUUCCGCCCCGACUAUGACUUCAGCGCUGCCAAGAGCCACGAGUUCAGCCGGGAACCAAGUCUCAACUGGGUGGUGAAUGCCGUGAACUGCAGCCUCUUCUCUGCUGUGCGGGAGGAUUUUCCUGCCCUGAAACCCCACCUCUGGGAUGCCGUGGAUCAGGAGAUCUGCCUUUCUGAGUGUGACAUCUACAGCUACAACCCGGAUCUGGACUCGGACCCCUUUGGGGAAGAGGGCAGCCUGUGGUCCUUCAACUACUUCUUCUACAACAAGCGGCUGAAGCGGAUCGUCUUCUUCACCUGUCGCUCCAUCAGCGGCUCCAUGUACCCCCACCCGGAGGCAGGCAAUGAGUUGGACAUGGAGUUGAGUGAGGACGACGCAGAGGAGACAGCGGAGGCUUGCGAUCAGGAAGGGAGCAACAUUGAGGAGGACCGGCGCACUCACGGCCAAGCGCGAUAUACAGUCCUGGGUGACUUUUGCUGGCUGGGUUUCACAUGGGAGGGCAGCUGGUGCGUGGCUAAGGUGUUUCCCACGGGCUCUGUGGUGGCCUGCGCGGGUGGCAGCACCUUUCCCGAAUGGCUGAUCAAGCGCCACACUAAUUCCUUCCACGUCACCCAUCAUCUGGAUGACUUCUACGGCGCGGGCCCUUCGGAAUUGGCCUCCUGA